AUGUAUUCCGCCUCGAACUCAUACCUGGGCGGUGCCAACAGCGCCCGCCCUGGUCAGCAGCAAUAUGGCCAACCACAACAGCCGCAAUACGGCGGCCAACCACAGCAGCAGUUCGGCCAGCAACCGCAAGGCUUCGGCCAGGCACCGCUACAACAGCAAUACACUGGAUACCCCGGCGCCUCAUUGCAGCCUCAAGCGACUGGAUUCCCGCCUCAGCAACCGCCUCAGCAGUUCCAGCAACAGCAGCAAUUCUCCGGCUUUCAACAACCUCAGCCGACCGGGUUUCAGCAGCAGCAGCAGCCUCCUCAGUCCAGCUUUCAGCAGCCGCAACAGACUGGGUAUCAGCAACCUCAGCAGAAUCCGGUCCCGCCGCAGCCGACAGGAUACCAACGACCGCAGCCAACUGGCAUGACAAGCAAUGAUGUGGCCAACUCAUUCCGCAGCGCCGGUGCUCCAAGUGUACCUCCUCCCCCUUCCGCGAAAUCAGGAACCAAGAUUCCCAACCUGCGAUUGAGCUUCAUCACCGCUCAGGACCAGGCCAAGUUCGAGCAAUUAUUCAAGAGCGCGACGGGCGGCGAGCAGGCAUUGAGCGGAGACAAGGCCAGAGAUCUGUUGAUCAGAAGCAAGUUGGAUGGGAAUAGCUUGGCACAGAUAUGGACACUCUCAGACACUACGAAAUCGGGCCAACUGCUGUUUCCCGAAUUCGCAUUGUCCAUGUACUUGUGUAAUCUCAAGCUCACCGGAAAGGAUAUGCCUUCGACAUUGCCAGAGAAAGUACGCAAUGAGGUCUCCAGCAUGGUAGACAUCAUCUCGUUUGCGGCGCCAGACGACGCACCUCAGCAAGCGCCCUCAUCCAAUGCGCCCAACUUCAACGAGCCACCAAAGAUCCAGCAGCCGCAAGCUCAAAACCCGAACAACCAGGCACUCCUCAGCCAAUUGACAGCGCAGCCAACGGGUUAUCAAAUGCCACAAAUGACUGGAUACCAGCAACCGCAACAGCCUGGAUUACAGCCCCAAAUGACUGGAUAUCCAGGGGGGAUGCCCCAGGCGCAAGGGUACACUGGACCUCGACCGCCAAUGCCGCCAAUGCCCACAGGCUUCGGCCAGGGACUGUCUCCACAGCAAACCGGAUAUCCAAUGGCAGCACCUCUCAAUGCGCAGCCGACUGGCGCACCUGGACGAUGGGGUUUGGUCAACGCGCCAGCAAGUGGUCUUCCCAACCUGCAAGCUCUCUCGCAGCAAAUGAUGCCGCAGGCAGGACGAGAAUCUGGUUUCAGCGCGACUGGUCUUCGAGGAAACGCUACCGUUCCGUGGGCAGUAACGAAGGAUGAAAAGAAGAUCUACGACGACAUGUUCAAGGCGUGGGAUGGGUUUGGGAAGGGAUAUAUCACGGGCCCCCAGGCGAUUGAGAUCUUUAGCCAGUCUGGAUUGGAAAAGCCUGACUUGGAGAGAAUUUGGACACUGAGCGAUCCGCACAACAAGGGACGACUAAAUCUGGACGAGUUCGCUGUGGCCAUGCAUUUGAUCUACAGAAAGCUAAACGGAUAUCCAGUGCCAAAUCAGCUACCUGCAGAGCUCAUACCACCUUCGGCACGCAACAUCAAUGACAGUAUUGGAACGAUGAAGAACUUGCUCAGCCAGGACGCCCAGGAACGAAAGUCAACCGGAGCAUUUUUGCAGCCGCAAAAGACGGGCGUGAGCUACUUGAAGUCGCGCUCUUUCCGCGGAGGAAAUGGAGCUACAAGCAACAACCGGAAGGACGCUACGGUUUUCAAGAACAACGAUGACGAUGUGGGAUACCGAUCUUCUGCUAGGCGCAGGGUCGGUCAAGAUGGAAGGAGCUCUUCUCCGGCUUUGAGUGAUACCAGCAGCAUGAACGCAGAUGAAAUGAGCCUCGAUCAGCUUAAGAAGGCUGUUCGCGAGAAGCAAGUUUUGCUCGAUGCAAUGGACUUUCAAGACGAAGGUCAGGCUGAGCAAGAGGAUGCUCUGGAUCGAAAGGAUCGGAAGGAAAGUGAGGGGCUUUUUAGACGGAUUCGCAGGAUUCAGGAGGACAUUGAUGCUCAUCCAGGUAGUGCCUUUAGAUCUGGCGACUCCGACGCUGAAAGACGCGCGCUGCAGAGACAGCUUCGUGGUUUGUCAGAUCGUCUUCCGGAGUUGGCUAGCCAUGUGAGGAAGUGCGAGCGUGCGAUCGCGGAUGCUCAGCUGGAGCUAUUCCGCUUGCGCGAUGCCAAAGCUCAUCCAGGAUCUGCUGCGGCUAUAGUGGGUACUGGUCCUGGCGGUGCUGUCACGGAGAGCGAUCGAUUGAAGGCGAGAGCGAAGGCUAUGAUGCAGCAAAGAUCUGCCGCGCUGACCGGCAAGAAGGUCGAGGUUCCCGAUGACGGUACUGCUUCCGCGCGGAGACUGGAAGAGGAAAACAAGCGGGUAUCACGCGAGAGGGAGGACAAUGAGAAGAUGGUCCGCGAUGUCGAGGAGAGUGUGACCGAGUACAGCAAGAGUCUGGAGUCCAAUCUCAAGGAGGGCGGGGAGUCUGCUUCUGACGAGCAUGAGCGCCGCAGGUGGGAGGACGGCCUUGGUGUUGAAGACGAGGUCAAGGAUUUCAUUUUCGACCUACAGCGAAGUUCGAGAGCUGCUCGUGUGCGGACAGAGGACAAAUCGCAGACACGGCCAAAGGCAGCCGAGCCCGAACGGAUCAGCUCUCCCAUCUCUCGCACCGACAGUUCAGCUUCGAGCAGGCCCGCUGCGUCCACUCCCCAAACCUCGGGAUCGUCGUACUCCAGCUAUCGCACCGCGGAAGAGCGCGCUGCUUUCAUCAAGCAACAAGCGGAGCAGCGCAUGGCUGAACGUUUGGCGGCGCUUGGACUCAAAGCUCCCGGCAAAGGUGGCGAGACUGCUGCUCAACGCGCCGAGCGGGAGAAGAAGGAGCGAGAAGACAAGCUGCGUUUGGCCGAGGAAGAGGAUGCCAAGCGUGAGCAGGAGAGGCAAGCUCGUCUCAAAGGAGAGUCAAUCGCUCCUCCGUCACCGACCGCAAGUAAAUCCAAGCCUCCGCCUCCGCUUCCUCGCAAGACGAGAAGUGAGAGCGUGCAGAGUGAUCAGGACUCUAAGCACGCUGUGGCUGAGAUCAAAGAGCAGGCUCUUAAGGAGCAAGAGGUCGCUAUGGCACAGGAAGUGGAGCAGAUGGAGGACGAGGAGGCUCGCCAGGAGAGGGAGCUUCAGAAGCAAAGGGAGGAUGCCGCGGCCUCGCUUAAGGCGCUGGAGGAGCAAGUCAAAGCUGGCAAGGUCAAGAAGGCAGAGGAGAAGAAGAGGCGAGAGGCUGCGAAGAAAGAGGCGAGCGAAAAGGAGUCUCGUCUCGCUGCGCAACGCGCAGAGAUCGAGGCUGCUAAGGAGAGGGAGCGACAGCUUCGUCUGCAGUUGGAGAACAUGGACGACGAUGACUCGAGCGAUGAUGAUGACGGUCCGACCCAAGCGACCCCAGUGGAAAGUACUCCAAUACAGAGCAUGGAGCUGCCCAAGGCGCCGGAAAUUCCUCCAUCUCCGCCCGCAGCCGUGGCCAGCCCGAGCGUAUCUGUGACAAGUCCGCCCGAGCAGUCGAAGAAUCCAUUUUUCAAGAGUAUGGGCGCUCCGACUGCGACCACACCUUCUGCCGAGACUGAGAAGAAGGCCGACACCAAUCCAUUCCACCGCUUGCCUCAGCAGGAUCUCGCCAAACAGCAGCAGGCUCUUCCCGAGGCCACUGGCCCCCCAGCACGCUUCACUGGCACUCCGAAGCCAGAUGAAGACGACUGGUCUGUCGUGGACUCGUCUGAUGAUGAGGACGACGAUGAUAAGCCACAGGGGGGUAGCGCGAAGCAAUUGGCAUCUAUUCUGUUCGGCACCAUGGCACCACCAAGACCGCUGAGUGCGAUGGAUAGCCCAUCGUCCGCGGGCCCUGGCUCGCCAGCUCAAGCUGGACGGGUUUCAUCUCCGCCUCCUGCCCCGAGUGGAAGCGCGCCACCUCCACCACCGCCGAUGCCUGGCAGCAGUGCUCCUCCACCUCCGCCUAUGCCAGGUAGCAGUGCUCCUCCUCCGCCUCCCAUGCCUGGCAGCAGUGCGCCACCUCCGCCUCCAGGUCCUCCACCUGCCCCUGCAAUGCCCGGUACAUUUCCGGGAGGCGCUGCCUCUGCUGGCAGCGCAGGCCCGCCAGAUGUGAGCGGUCUUCUAUCGCAGAUUCAGCUCGGCAAGGGCCUAAAGAAGGUACAGACUAAGGAUCGCAGUACGGCGCCUGUUGCUGGACGAGUGCUGUAG